AUGGGAACCGUAACACCGUCUUUUGCAACAGAAUUAGCAUCACCUGAAGCUAAAAUUACUGCCAUUUUCAGCUACCCAAUCAAGUCAUGCCGUGGAAUUUCGCUUCCUCAUGCUCCUCUCACUCCUUUUGGAAUUCGAUGGGAUCGACAGUGGGUUGUUGUGAACUCAAAAGGGAGGGCAUGCACGCAAAGAGUUGAACCAAAGCUUGCUUUGGUUGAGGUUCAACUUCCACCUGAGGCUUUUCUUGAACACUGGGAACCUACCACUGAUUCCUUUAUGGUGUUGAAAGCACCUGGAAUGGAACCUCUCAAAGUUUGUUUGAACAAACACUAUGAAGUGGUAGAUGAUAUUACCGUCUGGGAAUGGAAUGGGCCUGCCUGGGACGAGGGAGCCGAAGCAUCGGAGUGGUUCUCAAAUUAUUUAGAAAAACCUAGUAAACUGGUCCGCUUUAAUACUGCUUCAGGAGUUAGAAAUGUAGACCCUGGUUAUGUUGAGGGACAGCAGCAGAUCUUCUUCAGUGAUGGUUAUCCAUUCUUACUCUUGUCUCAGGAAUCAUUGGAUGCACUAAACAAGCUUCUAGAGGAACCGAUACCUAUGAAUCGAUUCAGACCCAAUAUCCUUGUUGAAGGUUGCGAACCAAAUGCUGAAGACUUGUGGAGAGAUAUCAAGAUAGGCAGGUUUUCGUUUCAGGGUGUCAAGCUGUGUGACCGUUGUAAGGUACCAACGGUAAAUCAAGAGACAGCAAAAUUUGGCACUGAACCAACAGAAACUCUCAUGAAAGUUAGGUCUGGCCAUGUCUUGAGACCAAAUGAAAAAAACAAAAACAAGGUCUACUUUGGUCAACUUAUAGUGUGGAACUGGAAGGAUUCUUCUGCUAAAGGGGAUGGAAACGUGCUUAAAUUGGGAGAUCCUGUUUACAUCAACAAGAAAUUCUCUUCUCCAUCAGAAGCAGCGGCUUAA